CCCUGCUCUGAGAAGCAGUCGAUAUCCCCCCAGGCGCCCUAUCCCACCUCUCACAUAAGUCUUACUCACCUCUCUCCCUCUUGCUCUUCUUCAUCACUCACAUCUCUCAGUAUUUCAGAGUUUAAAAGAUGUCCUGGUCGUAUGCAACCCUCUUGGCUCUCCUCACUGUGUUUUUUGCACUUUCAUGGUCUCCGGAGGCCAGCUCUGCAGCUGUGCCGGGUAGCACAGGCAGCACUAAAGAUCCUCAAGGUUCACUGAAGAGGGUCUUCAUGAAGCAGGCCGAUGCCUCAAACUUCUUCAGAAGACGCAGCAGACGUGGUGUGAAGUCCCAGGAUGAGCUGGACGCUGAGCAGAGGCAGAUUUUGGCUGCAGAUGAGCGGAAGAGAGAGUUUCAUGAGGAGAAGCGGAACGAGUUUGAGAGCUACGCUGAAGAGGAGCAUGACGAGCAAGAUGAGAGGAGCAGAGAGAGCACCGAGCAGUGGAGGGAGUUCCACUAUGACGGGAUGCAUCCUGCCUACGAGUACAACCGUCACUCCACCUAAGAGUGAUAAGAGGAGACGUGCGACAGCUACAUAGCGAUGCUUUUCCACACAAAACAUGACCGCUAACAUAGUAAAGGCAACGACUAUGCAAUGUAUUUUUCGAUUUCUAACUAGAUUAAUGAUUAAUAGAUUAAUCACAUGGUGUAAAAAUGGUCUGACAAAGUGGACAAUGAAAACAAGAAUAACAAGUUAAAAUCAAUGAAAAUGAAGAGCUUUUGGAAACUUAUU